AUGAACUUUGAGGACAUGGCCAUUGCCUUCUCUCAGGAGGAGUGGGGGCUCGUUGAUGAGGCUCAGAGACUUCUGUACUGCGAUGUGAUGCUGGAAGUGUUUGCACUGGUAUCAUCUGUAGGUUGUUAUCAUAAAACAGAUGAUGCAGAGGACUGUUCUGAGCAGAGUGUAUCUGUACAAGGGGAGUCACAGGACAGUGCUUCUAAGACAGCUCCAGAAACUCAGAGGACCCAUCUGUGUGGGAGGUGUUUCUCUUUGUUAAAAGAUAUUCUGCACCUGCCUGAAUCAGAAGCAGCAGACUUUGAGCAGAAAGCCUUCUUCAGUGAUGCAUGUGUGUGUGUGAGAGACUUCUGUUUCAGUGCAAACCCUCACCAGCAGCAGAGGGAUGCCAGUGGAGAGAAGCCCUGGAAGGAAGCUGUGGACAGGGCCUCAUUUGUGACCAGGUGCAGCUUCUAUUUAUCAGGGGUGUCUUCAAACAGUAUGGAGGUUGGGGAAGACUUCCCAGCCAUCUCAGAGAUUCUGCAGAACCAGGCCACUCUCAACACUGAGGAGCCACACAGUCGUAGUGAGAUUUCAGAGGAAUUUCUCAAUAGAAAAAGGCAUCGCCAAUGGUAUGAAUGUGAAAAAGCUACCUGCCACAACCAGAACCUUGUUCAACAUCAGGGUGUCUGCUCUGGAGAAGUGAAAUAUGAGGGUAAUACCUGUGGGAAAGUUUUUAGAUGUGUCAUUAACCUCAAUAGACAUAGGAGAGUUCACAUUGGAGAAAAGUCCUAUGAAUGUACUGAUUGUGGGAAGCCCUUCAAUCACAGGUUUUCCCUCACUAAAUAACACAGAGUUCACACUGGAGAAAAACCUUACAAAUGCAGUGAAUGUGAAAAAUCAUUUAGUUGCAGUUAUCUCUUAUGCCACAAGAGAGUUCACACUAGGGAAAAGCCAUAUCAAUGUAGUGGUUGUGGGAAGUCCUUCAGUCAAAAGUCUCAGCUCAUUCAACACCACAGAGUUCACACUGGAGAAAGGCCACAUCAGUGUAGUGACUGUGGGAAGUCCUUCCGUCAUAGCUGUACCCUCACUGUACACCAGAGACUUCACACUGGUGAAAAACCAUAUAAGUGUAGUGAAUGUGGGACAUCAUUUAGGCAAAACUCUGCUCUCACAAAGCAUCAGAGAAUUCACACAGGAAAAAAACCAUAUGAGUGUAGUGAAUGUGGGAAAUCAUUUAGGCAAAACUCUGCUCUCACAAAGCAUCAGAGAAUUCACAAUGGAGAAAAACCAUAUGACUGUAGUGAUUGUGGAAAGUCAUUCAAGAACAUUUCCACUCUCAAAGAGCAUCAGAAGGUUCACACUGGGGAAAAGCGGUAUGAGUGUAGUGAUUGUGGGAAGUCCUUCAGCAGAAGCUCUACUCUCAUCCAACAUAACAGAGUUCACACUGGAAAAGGGCCUCAUGAGUGUACUGAAUGUGGGAAAUGUUUUCCAUACAAAUCUGUCCUCUUUCAACACUUGAGAGUUCACACUGGAGAAAAGCUUUACAUUUCCAGGAAAUGUUUUACUUUCUCACUGAGAAUAAUAGCACCAAAGGAGUAUUCUUUACCCCCACUUACCUGA